ACACCGAGGGGCGGCAGCCCGCUGGUGGCAGCUCCCAGCGCCGCCCGCUCAGCCCGCCGCCAUGGGCUCCCCGCAGCGCCCUCCGCUCGCCCACGUCUUUAAGGGGACCUUCGUGCACUCCAGCGCCUCCGCACCCAUGGAGAUCCUCCACGGACACCUUCUGGGGGUGGACGAUGACGGGACUAUUGUGUUUUUGGAACAAAGUGAUCAGCAAGAGCAACUGGCUGAGAAGUGGGGUUUCAAAACAUCUGACAUAAGACAACUAAGUAAACAUGAAUUCUUCAUGCCAGGAUUGGUUGAUACACACAUUCAUGCCCCUCAGUAUUUAUUUACUGGUACAAGAGUAGACCUGCCUCUUUUGCAGUGGUUGACUACCUACACGUUUCCAACAGAAGCCAAAUACCAAGACAGUGGUUUUGCAGAAGAAGUAUACACCAGAGUUGUUAGACGAACUCUAAAGAAUGGCACGACUACAGCUUGCUACUUUGCAACAAUUUACACAGAUACUUCUCUUCUUCUUGCUGAAAUUAUAGAUAAAUUUGGUCAACGAGCGUUUGUUGGAAAAGUCUGCAUGGAUAUGAAUGACAGUGUGCCACAGUACAAAGAGAUUACUGCUGAGUCUGUCCAAGAGACAGAAAGGUUUGUUAAAGAACUGCUGGAAAAGAAGUAUCCGAGAGUACAACCUGUAAUAACCCCCCGCUUUGGCCCUUCCUGCACAGAGGACUUGCUGUGUGCACUUGGAGAUUUAGCACAGGCUCGCGAUCUCCAUGUGCAGAGUCACAUAAGUGAGAAUGAAGAAGAAGUCAAACUUGUGGAGAACAUGUUUCCUACCUACAAGAAUUACACUGAUUUGUAUGAUAAAAACAAGCUGCUAACCAGCAAGACAGUGAUGGCUCAUGCCUGUUAUCUUUCUGAAGAAGAGAUGAAACUUUUUAGUCUUCGUGGAGCUGCAAUUUCACAUUGCCCCAAUUCUAACUUUUCGUUGCGCAGUGGUGUCUUAAAUGUGCGAAAGGUCCUGGAACACAAUGUGAAGCUUGGUCUUGGCACAGAUGUUGCUGGUGGAUAUUCAGCUUCUAUGCUUGAUGCUAUCAGGAAAACAAUGAUGGCAUCUAAUAGCCUUCAGAUCAAUAAAGUCAAUGAAACAGGACUAACUCUUGAAGAAGCUUUUCAACUUGCCACUCUGGGAGGAAGCCGAGCUCUAGGACUAGAUGAUGUGAUUGGAAACUUCGAGGUGGGCAAAGAAUUUGAUGCUCUGCUAAUCAACACGAAGGCUUCAGAUAGCCCUUUUGACUUGUUCUCUGCUGAUAAUUUUGAGGACAUUCUCCAGAAGUUCCUGUAUCUAGGUGAUGAUCGGAAUAUUUCCGAAGUGUAUGUGGCUGGAAAGCAAGUGGUUCCAUUCUCAAGCUCCGUAUAAAUCCAUUUGCCAUUUGCAAAAUACUCUGCUGAUCAUUCUUCAUCUGAUUUGGAAAAGAUUGAUUAAACACAGUGCCUGAUCAUCAGGAAUGACACCUCAUUUUUGUUUAAUGUUAUGUUAUAAAAUUUGCAAAGGUUAAAGAUUUUGUUAGACCUUUCAAGAGUUACUUUACCAAAAUUGUCAUAGUUCUAGAGUUCUAUUUAAAUUUCACUGCAAAAAUAGCAUUUUUGCGUUGAUAGGGGAUUUGAUAAAUACCUUAAUUAAAGAGGACACCUGCUGUUCUGUUUAAAAAUAGUAUAUGAAGCAUUAUAUGGUACAAUGAGAUACUCGUUGACUAUAAUGCAUAUAAAUUAAAAUAAAAACACUUCUAGUAAAUAGAUUUUGCAGCUAAUGAAUAUCAUGAAAGAAGGCAAUUUCCAUAGUAUUAUCACCAGGUAUGGAAAAAAAUUGGGGAAUUUAGAACAGUUUCCAGUUCUUCUUAGGAACUAUUUAAAAAAAAAAAAAAGAAAAAAGUAAUUAUUUAAUUUAAAACAUUAUUUUUUAAGAGGAAUUAAGUAAGAAGUGUGUGUUUAUAAAUAAAUCAGGGUCCUUAUCAUAGAGUUUAGAAUUGCCAUUUGUAGUCAGACACUUCAUUGAAUUACCUUCACGUGAGCGACAGCUGAAUCAAACUUCUGUUAAAUUAGGAGCAGGGAUUAAGAUAUCUCUGCAGGCUACACAAUGGUCAACAAAUUAAGAGAGUGUUCUGGACUAGAGGGAGCGCUCCAUCUAGUUCAACCUCCUGCAAAAUCUUCCCAAGCUCAUUUCCUCCUGGCUGUUCAGACAGGAUGAUAUGAUGCCCCUUCUCCUUUCUGUAAGGGAAGUGAGUGCAUUUAAAAAAUAUCCAAGAGAAAUGGGCUCUUUCUGGCCAUUACCACCUUUGACUUGAGGUGAAGAUUGUCACUGGAAAUAGCAGCUCGGCUCUGUUGUGCUCUUUGUGUCUUUCAACAUGGCAGUCAUACUUCCAGCUCUGUACAAUUCUGGGUAUAAAAUACACCCUUUUGGUUUUAGAAAUCUGUGUGACUUAAUUUCCUGAAAAAACAUAUUUCCAUACUUUUUAUCAGACCCUUUUUUUUUUAAAUAAGAUUUUUUUGAGGAGGGAAUUGCUUCUUGUUUCUCUGUUAUGUUUUUUGCAACACAAAGGAUCUAAGCUUUAAUUUCAGUGUCAUUAGAGACAGUAUUGUGUCUAGAUACUAUAAAUAUGGGUUGAAUAUGGUUUUAA